AUGGCACCGGCGGAGAAAUUGGCGAAUGCUCGCAAUCCCUACGAUCCCUUCGCCCUACCAGACUACGACAACGACUUCAUCGACCCCGAUGAUCUACGACAAUUCGAGAAAGCGUUAAGCGCCCCCGAAGCCUCUCCCCUGGUCGCUAUAAAUGACUGGCGACCUAUUAACCAACGAGUCCGGAAAUCGAACAAUAAACGCAGGAAGCCUCGGCGGAGCACGGAUGAGACCAGGGAAGGGGUUCUCUACACGCUGUUGAAGUGGCCGUUUCUCUUCACCGUAUUUGCCUGGAUCUCCGUGCUUAGCCUGAUAUAUGUCUUGACGCGGUGGUAUAUUUUUAUAUAUGAACACUGGAUUACGUGGAGGGGGAAGAGGCAACGACUACGACACGAGUUGUCCACGAAGGCGAAUUAUGCGGAUUGGUUAAAGGCCGCGCAGGCGCUUGAUGCGCAUUUGGGCAAUGCAAGAUGGAAGGAGGUGGAUGAAUACGCAUACUACGACCAUCUUACGAUCAACAAGGUCGUCGCACAGUUGAAGAAGUCAAGGAAGGAGGCGGAAUGGGAGAUGCACAAUGGGAAGACGAGCACGGGCGAGUCUGCAAUUGAAGAGUUGUGCAUUCUUCUGGAAGCGUGUGUCAAGAACAACUUUUCUGGGGUUGAGAACCCGCGGUUGUACAGUGAAACGUAUUCCGGGACCAAGGAUCUGGUGCAGGAAUACGUUGACGAGGUUAAUGCCUGUAUCAAGCUAGUGGAGGACAGCCAGCAGGUCACGAGUGAUGAGAAGUACCAGCACUUUAAGCAUUUGAACACGAAUCUUGGUCGCACUGCGCUUUGCUUGUCAGGGGGAGCUACAUUUGCGUACUACCAUUUCGGUGUGGUUAAGGCAUUGCUUGAGAAUGGUGUUCUUCCAGAGAUCAUCACAGGAACCUCAGGAGGCGCAUUGGUCGCUGGCUUGGUUGCUACAAGGACAGAUGAGGAAUUGAAACAACUUCUGGUUCCCGCUUUGGCUCAUCGCAUUAGGGCGUGCCACGAAAAUUUCCCGACUUGGUUCCGGCGCUGGUGGCGCACCGGUGCACGGUUCGAUACUCUGGACUGGGCUCGUCAAUGCAGCUGGUUCUGCAGAGGUUCUACUACGUUUCGCGAAGCGUAUGAAAGGACAGGGCGUGUAUUAAAUGUGAGCUGUGUGCCGUCUGACCCUCACUCGCCUACAAUUCUCGCAAACUAUCUCACGUCGCCCGAUUGCGUCAUUUGGAGUGCCGUGCUAGCUUCUGCGGCAGUUCCUGGUAUCUUGAAUCCUGUUGUCUUGAUGACCAAGAAACGUGACGGUACUCUUGCACCGUAUUCUUUUGGGCACAAGUGGAAAGAUGGCAGUCUACGAACUGAUAUACCAAUCAAAGCAUUGAACUUGCAUUUCAAUGUCAACUUUACCAUCGUUUCGCAGGUCAAUCCCCACAUCAAUCUCUUUUUCUUCAGCUCUCGGGGAUCAGUUGGGCGACCAGUCACUCAUCGAAAGGGUCGCGGGUGGCGCGGUGGCUUUCUAGGCUCUGCUAUUGAACAGUAUAUUAAGCUGGACCUAAACAAAUGGCUUAGAGUUCUCCGGCACCUCGAGCUACUGCCGCGCCCCAUGGGCCAGGACUGGAGUGAGAUCUGGCUCCAGAAGUUCAAUGGCACCGUCACCAUUUGGCCGAAGAGCAUUCCCUCCGACUUCUAUCAUAUCCUUUCCGAUCCCAGCGUCGAGCGCCUGGCACGCCUGAUCCACGUGGGCCAACAAAGCGCCUUUCCAAAGAUUCAAUUUAUUAAAAACCGAUUGAAAAUUGAGGGCGAGAUCGUCAAGGGAAUUCGGCAGCAUUCUCGCAACGAGGACCAGCUAAUGUCCCCUCUCCUUCAUCGCCGCCAAACAUCAAACGAGCAAGAACCGGCCGAUUUGAUGGUCAACCAUGUCAACCGCAAAAUUACAGAGCGACGGUCCAACUACAAGGAUGAAUCCCGGUAUGUUGAAACGUCGGAAAGCGGCUCGACUGGUUCUUCUCGUAUUCCAAGUCCUACGCCCCGUCGCGGAAGUAGACAGUUAAUUGAAGAGAUGCGACGGCAAUCUGCCGUUUUCUUUGACGAUGCUAUUUAUGGAGAAGAAGAUGCUCCAGCUGAGUAG